ACAAGGAGAGAGAGAGUGACACCAGCUCUAAGGGAGAGGCCACACACACAAUGUGAGAGACAUGGGAGUCUGAUCAGAGCUGGAAUGGGGUGUUCUGUACUGUAGGUUGCUCUGCAGACCUGUUUCUGGAGGGAAACAGAGGGGCUGGACACAGGAGAAGGACACAGGAAUUCCAGGUCACAAGGGCUCCUGUGGCUGAGCACAGUCUUGGCUGGUAUUCCAACCUCUCCCUCUCACGGUCAUGAGUGUGACAGGGCAGGAAUAAAUACAGUUAGAAAUAAGAAAUUAUACAUCAGAGCAACUAAGAGGUUAGUAUUUCACUUCAGGGGUCUGGCCUGACCCCCUCGUGAUGGGAUCCUCUGUGGAGUUUGCCUGCUUGCUGCUGGUGGUUGCCACUCUGGGAAAGAACCACAUGGUGUCUGGAGGUUGUUCGGGGAAAUGCUGCCGGGGCAGGGACUUGAGCUGUUUGACCACUGACUGGAGGAUGGACCGCGUGUAUGGGACGUGCUACUGCGACGAGGGCUGCGUCAGGACCAAGGACUGCUGCUUCGACUACUUCACAGAGUGUCCAGCUCAGGACUGUGCUGUGAGCGACUGGAGCUUUUGGAGCGGCUGUGCCAAGCCCUGCCGGCCCUCAGUGCGCGUCCGUGUCCGCCACAUAGAGCAGCAGCCCAGCAACAGUGGAGAGGCCUGUCCCAGCCUGGAGCAGCGAGGAGGCUGCAGGGAGUACAGAGACCACCAGGGCCGCCACUGUGGACGCAACUCAGGGCCUGCAUUCAUCACCAGCAUGGAGUUUGGCAAGGGAAGGCCCAAGCAUGACAACUAUGGAAACCCCCUAGACCCUGGGUUCUGUGUGGAAUUCACACUGGAGUCCCGGACACCCCACUGUACAGUGGAGAACCGACCACACACACACUGGAUGCGCUACAUAACAGAAGGCUUUAAAGUGUGUGUGGUGUGUGAACCUCCUGCCAUGCAAAACAAUAGUGGCAGCUGCCAAGGAGACGGUCAGGAAUCAGACAAAGAAGCUGUGCUCCACUGGCAGGCGGUGGGGAACCACCAGUGCAGCGGGACAUGGAAGAAGAUCCAGAAAACCCAGCGGUGCAACUGUCCGCCACAACACAGCUUUGUCUUCAUCUGAUCCAAACCAAGCACCGUAGAACAAUACUCUGAUCUGGUGAUCACAAUAAUACUUCGCAGCCAAGCUCACCUCGUCAGUAAAACUGAAAUACUGUUCAGAUCAGAAGCCUCAAUACAGCAAGCUUUCAAUACCAAGAGAUUUAAGACUCCAGGGUGGUGCAAUGCAACGUUGUCUCUAUUAAACAUGCUACACAUUGUGAUAAAAGCAUUUUCAAAUCACUGUGUACAUUCCCACUGUUCUGUGUAACUCUGCAGCAUACUGUGUAGACAUUGUUAUAACUUGUACAGUAUUUCACCUUUUUCUAGGAGACUAUAAGCAUCUACCAAAAUUGAUUUUACUUCUCUUCAAUGAAACAAGCCACUCUAUCAAUUUUCACAACUUUAUGGCAAAAAUAUUUAACUUAAAAUUGUUAAAACAUUUUACAUUUGUAUUGUGAUUAUGCAUUAAAAAAAAAAAAAACAUACCAUGAAAAGUUCUCUAUCAUAGACACAAAUGGCAACAGCCCAAUUCAUUUUUCUGUGUUGAGUGCCCUCUGGUGGUG